AUGAAGGCUGAUGACAAAUUCGAGUCUCACACUGCGCCCCAGGGUCAAUCCCCCUUCUUCCGACUUCCUGCCGAGAUACGCAACAUGAUAUACAAAGAACUUUUCGGGAGCAGGGUAGUUCAUAUCUGGUUCCAUCGAUGCAAUGAAACUUAUGACCAAGAAGGAGCUCCAGAUGAUUCCAGGGUCCAGUGGCUACACUGUGUUUGUCACCUUGGUCGUAAGGCGGUUCCUCAUUUCCACGAGGAACAUGACCACGAAUGGUCUUAUCUGUCCACAAACAUCCUCAGGGCAUGCCAGUUGACAUACACGGAGGGCAUCCCAAUCCUCUACGGGACAAACACCCUGUCUUUUCGCUGUCCUGCAGAUCUAUCCCAGUUCCAAGAUUCCGACCGUCAUUUCUCACGUCUAGUCCAAGCCUUCGACCUAUACGGGGCGUACAACAGCCGGCACUGGCGAGUAAUUGAUACCAACAGCCGUACGUACCCGCUAGCACACGAUGAUCGCACGUGGUUGCUGUCCAUGGAAUACUUCGACCUAGCGUUUCAAGCAGUUUGGCUCUUAAGACGCCCUGCUCUUGUUAGCAACGCCAUUGUCGCGCCCAAAGUCGUACGUCUAUUUUCCGAAAGCAAUGACAUAUUUCUUUUGUUUGGCUCUCUUGCUCUGGAUGAGUUGGAAAAUAUGCCUUCUGAGAAACUUCAGAUCUUCGUCAAGCGUAUCCCUGAGAACUCCUCUGUCACCAAAGCCAUCAAGAAGAUCCGGAAGAGGUUGCCAAACACGAGCAUCGAGGUUGUCACGAAAAAAGAAUGA